GCUGGAACCUGUCCCCUGGGCACCACUGGUCACCAUGGCAGCGGGGGAUUUAUUACGGCCUCACCCUGGGCUGGGCCUGCGGACUUGGGACUCAGCGGAAGUGGAAGCAGGAAGGCAGCUGCGGGAAGGCAGCCAGUGCCGGAACCAGGGGGCCCCCAAGAUGGCCAAGUUUCUCUCCCAGGACCAGAUCCAUGAGUACAAGGAGUGCUUCUCCCUGUACGACCAGCAGCAGCGGGGCAGGAUCCGGGCAGCAGACCUGCUGGUGGUCAUGCGCAGCCUGGGGGCCUGUCCCACACCGGGGGAGGCCAGGCGCCACCUGCAGGCCCACGGCGUCGACCGGGACAGGGAGCUGGACUUCUCCACGUUCCUGAGCAUCAUGCACGCGCAGGGCAAGCAGGAGGACCCUCGCAAGGAGAUCCUGCUGGCCAUGCUGAUGGCGGACAGGGACAAGGACGGCUGCAUACCCGCUGCCGAGCUGCGCGCCAAGCUCACACAGCUUGGGGAGAAGCUCACCCACAAGGAAGUGGACGAUCUGUUCAGAGAAGCAAACAUCACGCGGGAUGGCCAGGUCAAGUAUGAGGAGUUCAUCCAGAGGAUCACCACGCCCACACGGGACUACUGAGUGGGGCGCCCGCCUGGGCCCCUCUACCCACACAGGCUCGUGUUUAAAAGAAGCGACCCCACACUGGUCAGAGAUGACUUAGCAACAGAGAUGUGUGAUGGCGGCCGCAGGCCUGGCAUGCCUUUAAUAAAAGGUCUAACAGC